AAAAAGCCACUUCCUAAAUACUAGCAAGUUGUGAGCUCUUGGAAAGUUGUGCAGGCUGAAGACUUCAGGGAGGCAUCUCUGUCUGCUGUCGGACUCCUCAGGAAUGCAGCGGGAAGUGUGAGAAGCCUUGCUUCAACUAAAAGUAGGACGUAGCUCAGUUUACUCAUGUUGCCAUAUUUAGUUUAAAGCCAUUGUUACGAGAUUUUUUGCUGUAAGAGUAUGUUAACCAGGCUGCUUGUCCAAGAAGUCACUUUAAACUUCACAUCAUCGACCUUCAAGGAUUAUUAAUAUUGAAGACUGAGAGCUUCACGGCGACUUCUUCUGCAUCAUGGGCUGCAGCAAGGUGCUGUGGGGGGUGAUAGGGGCGGCUGUCGUCAUCACGUUAAUAACGAUCCCAGCUGUUUAUUUCAGCAAAUCUGAUCGUGCCAAAAGGCCUUUUACCCUUGAAAAUUACUUCAACGACACCAUUAGGUGGAAAUCCUACAAUUUGUAUUGGAUAUCAGACAAGGAGUAUCUGCAUAAAACAAGAGAUGGGAAUGUCUUCCUCCACAAUGCUGAAACAAAUGAGGAGUCACUAUAUUUGAGCAAUUCAACCUUUGCUCAAGUGGAUGCCACAGAUUACAUGUUGUCAGGUGAUUAUAAAUACAUUGCUUUUGAAAGCAAUUUCACAAAGAAAUGGAGACAUUCAUUCACAGCCUCUUACUCCAUCUAUGACAGGGACCGUUCAACAUUUCUUAUGCCUGUGAACUUUCCAACCGUUGUGCAGUACUUUGCCUUUGCCCCAAAAGGAAACAAAUAUGCUUACGUUUCAGACUUUAACGUUUUCUUCAAGUCCAACGUCACUGCUGAAGCUGUACAAGUGACCCACAAUGGUAAAAAGAAUGAGAUCCUUAAUGGUGUCCCUGACUGGGUAUAUGAGGAGGAAGUGUUUGCAUCAAACGGGGCAAUAUGGUGGUCAUCAACUGGAAAAUUCUUGGCUUAUGCAGAGUUUAAUGAUACAGAUGUUCACAAAGUGGAGUUCUCAUGGUAUGGAACCGAGCAGUAUCCUCAAACAGUGGCUGUUCCAUACCCAAAGGCUGGAUCUCCCCUUACCAAGGUGAAACUGUUUGUGGUUGAUACCACAGAUCCAUCGCGCCCCACACAGGUGGUCGCCCCCGCUUCUGUUGCUUCUGGCGAUCACAUGUUGUGCUCAGUGACCUGGGUUACAGACGAACGCGUCGCUGUGCAGUGGGUCACAAGGAAACAGAAUUACGUGGUUGUACAGAUCUAUGACUUUGAUGGAAGCAGCUGGCAAGAAAUACAGAAAUUUGAGCAAACAAGCAAGACGGGAUGGGUCGGCCAUUACGUGCCCUUACCUCUUUUCUUUGCUGAUGAUAAACUCAGUUUCUACAAAGUGAUGAGUGACACUCAGGGCUACAAACAUAUUCAUUAUGUGAAAGAUGGCAAAGCAACACCUAUUACCUCUGGGAAGUGGGAAGUCAUUUACAUAUCCAAAUUAACAAAAGAUGCCAUAUAUUUUGUGAGUAAUGAGUACCAAGGAAUACCCGGGAAGAGAGAUCUUUACAAGGUUCUGAUUGGAAGCAGCCCUUCUGCUCCUCAGUGUCUCACCUGUGGCUUGCGUAAGGACCGGUGUCAGUACAACUCCGCUUACUUCAGCUUUGACGCCUCUUACUACCGAAUGGAUUGCUACGGACCUGGGUUGCCCCACUACACACUCAUUGACAACAGGGGAUCAGGUGCAGAGCUCGCUGUUCUUGAAGAUAACAAGGAACUGGAAAAUAUUCUGUCAGAAUUCCAAAUGCCAACAAUGCAGUAUGGCACACUUAAGGUUGCAGGAUAUGAUCUUUGGUAUCAAAUGAUGUUACCACCAAAUUUCAAGAAGUCUAAAAAAUAUCCUCUUCUUAUUAAUGUGUAUGGCGGCCCCUGUAGUCAGCAGGUGGACUAUCGUUUCAAGCUGAACUGGGGCACAUACCUCUCCAGUUCACACGGGAUCAUCAUCGCUAGCUUUGACGGAAGGGGGAGCGGUUACCAGGGAGAUGAAAUAAUGCACGCAAUCUACAGGCGCCUUGGAACGUUUGAAGUGGAGGAUCAGAUAACAGCUGUGAGGAAAUUCAUCGACAUGGGUUUUAUCGACAAAGACAAAAUAGCAAUUUGGGGCUGGUCAUAUGGUGGCUACGUCACCUCAAUGGCCUUGGGUGCUGGAACUGGACUCUUCAAGUGUGGAAUAGCAGUUGCCCCAGUGGCCAAGUGGGAAUAUUAUGAUGCAGUGUACACUGAACGUUACAUGGGCAAACCCACAGAGAAUUCAGACUCUUACAAUAAUUCCACAGUGACGGCCAGGGCAAAGAACUUCAAAACAGUAGACUAUCUAUUGGUUCAUGGCACAGCAGAUGACAAUGUCCAUUUCCAGCAGGCAGCACAGAUCUCCAAAGCUCUGGUGAACGAGCAAGUGGACUUUGAGUCGAUGUGGUACACUGACAGGGACCACAGUCUCAGAGGAUCAGCUUUCCAUCAUACAUACACCCUCAUGAGCCACUUCCUGCAAAAAUGCCUCCUUAAUCCCAAAUAGAUGUGAAGAAUGUAACAGCGUUUAUAGUGAACAUUACCACAGUUUUUUUUUUUUAUUAUUUGUGUAUUUUUCUUACUGAUAUUCAGAAUUUUAUUCUGAAUAAAAAAAUGUUAUGCAGCAAUUGAUGUUCUAUUGCUUGUACAAAUGAGCAUUUGUAUUUUAUGUGGAUUUAGGGAACCUUUGUCAGGAUAUCUGACAUUUAAUUAUAUAAAAUACUAAAAGCCAUUGCAUGCAUUUAUGGUUGAAUAUGAUGUCAUACAAUAGAUCAAUUGCACUGCACUGAUUUGUUGUAUGAGUGUUGUAAUUUGUGUUGCAGUCAUGUUCUAAAGAAUAAACAUUGUUUUGAAAUA